CACGGCGAUUCAUCGCCCAACACUUUCCUUUACUUCGCCGGAGAAAUCCUGUCGACAGUAAUUCUUUUCCUUAUAGCGUUUGUUCCAGAAAUCUCGUAGCUGUGAUUGAUAUUUCAAGGUUUUGGAAGAUGGAUAUAAUCUCACAGUUGCAAGAGCAAGUGAAUUCGAUUGCUGCUAUCACUUUCAAUGCUUUUGGGACACUCCAAAGGGAUGCACCACCAGUCCAGCUUUCACCUAAUUAUCCUGAACCACCCGCUACAACUACGGCUGUUGAUGAGGCAACGCCUUUUCCUGAGCAACCUAAGCAGCUCAGUGCCGGUUUAGUUAAGGCUGCUAAACAGUUUGAUGCUUUGGUUGCUGCACUUCCUUUGUCAGAAGGUGGUGAAGAAGCUCAGCUCACAAGAAUCGCUCAACUCCAGGUGGAAAAUGAUCUUGUUGGUCAGGAACUCCAAAAGCAACUAGAGGCUGCAGAGAAGGAGCUAAAGCAAGUCCAAGAGCUAUUUGGACAAGCUGCAGACAGUUGCCUGAACAUGAAGAAACCUGAAUGAAAUGCUUUUUUACCUUGUGUCAAGCUGAUUAAAGAAAGUAUAUGAUUUGGU